AUGAAAGCGAUGAAGUGGUGCAAACGUUUGCUCGGUUUUUCUGGAGUGUGGCCAAUGGAAAUUCGAGAUUCGUUGUUCCUACCAUUUCUAUUUUACGGAUGUCUUUACAGUGUUUUAGCACUUCUCGAUAUGAUCAAUUAUAUCAAAGAUUUUCGUUAUGUACUAUCAAACAUUAGGGAGAACAUGGUAAUGUUAAUGACACUAAUGAAAUUUGGGAUGUGCCGAAUAAAAUAUCGAUCUUUGUCAAGAUUUUUGACAGAGACGGAAAGCGAUUACAUCGUCGAUAAUUAUAAAACCAAAGAAGAGAGACUGAUUUUUAUGAAAUAUAAUAAAUUUUCCUAUAUAUUCAUCAUGACUGCGUUUCCAUCGAUGAGCUUCAUAAUUCUUUUGUAUUAUUUUAGAACUGUCAUAUCGAGUAUACUUAUGGUUAUGGCAAAUUCUACAUUGGAAUAUAAAUUACCUUAUAAAAUAAAGCCAUUAGUGAAGCCGUAUGAUGCAAAAAGUUAUGCGUUUGGUUGCAUACACGAAUUUUUACGUAUAACAAUGGUUACUUCCGGUUACAUCGGAACUGAUUGUUUAUUGGCUUCUACUGGAUUUCACCUUACCGGUCAGUUGGCUAUAUUGAGAAUUAGAGUGAAGGAUGUUUUAAAUGAUACUGAUGGUUCUCGGCAGGGAAUACAUAAAUUGAUUAUUCGACAUCAUCGUUUGAUAAGACUAGCGGAUAUAUUAGAAGAUAGUUUUAAUAUCGUCAUUUGUCAACAAUUGUUAGGUACAACGAUUCAAAUUUGUAUGUCGAGUUACGAAGUACUCUCCAGUUUAGCGGUAUUAGAAGGUUUGGGUAUAAUAACGUUCGCAGCAUUUCUUUUUGUUUUAUCGAGCACAUUGUUCACUUAUUGUUACAUCGGUGAAUGUCUCAUCGAGGAAAGCUCAAGCUUAUGCGAAGCGCUUUAUUAUUGCGAUUGGUACGAGCUAUCGACAAUCGAUAUGAAAUCGAUUUGCAUUUGCAUGAUGCGCGCUAGGAAGCCAUUGCAAUUGACUUGCGCAAAAUUUUGCGUUGUGUCUUUGCGUACUUUUACCGACAUAAUCAAGACGUCGAUGGCGUACUUAUCAGUAUUACGAACGAUAAUGUAA